AUGACGGCGUCAUCAAAUAACAUCGAUAUGGCGACCAUUACAGAAACAACCACGAGUGUGGACAUGCAAUCGUCGCAAAACCAAGAUAUCGCGACUCGUUUGCUGAAUGGCACUUUCCACGCCAGUCACCCUCCGUUUGAACAGUUUGCGACCAUUGAUGGCCUGCUCAGGUCGCAUGCGGCUCAACCUGAUGAUUCGAAGGUCCCACUGAUUUGCUAUCCGAUCCGGGGUGCUGCCGACUUUGAAGAGCACACGGCUGGCGAUAUCGACCGGUAUACCGAUAUCGUUGCUCGAUAUUACAUGGAGCGAGGUCUCCCUCCGGCAGAUCCCAAUCUCGAAGAGGCGCCCGUGGUUGCAAUCCUUGUUGGCUCCAGCUUCGAGGUCAUUCUGACCAUGUUCGCCUUGAACCGCCUCGGAUAUGCUGUGCUGUUCCUAUCUACACGCCUCACAGCACCGGCAUAUGCACGGUUGCUUGAACUCGCAAACUGCACACAGAUGGUUAUCGCCAAACAGUUCGAGCAGACAGAACAUGAGAUCUGUCAAGAGCGACCUGGCUGCAGUAGCUUCCCCAUCCUGCAGCGAGCAGACUGGUUCAACCGUCAAGCGAGUUCACCACGUUUCGCACGAUCUAAUGUUGACCCAUCGCGGGAGGGAAAGAAGAUCGCUUGGAUUUUACACUCCUCUGGCAGCACUGGCCAUCCUAAGCCAAUCUUCCUCACCAAUCUCCAAACCUUAGCCAACUGGCGGAAGAGCUUUGGCUUCCGAUUCUUCACAGCUAGUCCCCUUUUCCAUUCCUUUGCCCUCAUGGAACUUGGACGGGCAUUCUAUACUCGAGCAACAACAUAUUUCGGCAACCACUCUCUUCCCACGACAUAUCAGAAUCUCUACGAUGCUCUCCAGGUGGCACAACCUGAGCAAUUCAGCGCUGUUCCAUAUGUCAUCAAGCUACUGGCUGAGAAGCCUGAGGGAAUCAAGGUGCUAGCCAAACCUCAGAUUGUACUUUUCGGAGGAUCCAGCUGCCCAGAUGAUUUGGGUGAUCGCCUUGUUGCACAGGGCGUCAACCUGGUUGCAAAUUACGGUGCCACCGAGACUGGUCAGAUCAUGACCUCUUUCCGGCCUCCGGGCGACAACGAAUGGCAAUAUAUGAGACUUCAUCGUCCAGUGGCUGACUUUACGCUGAUGGACGAGAUUUCUCCGGGUGUUUUCGAGUGCGUUGCACUGGAUGGCUUGCCCAGCAAAGGACCCUCCAACUCAAAGCCACCAUUUAGCGAGAAGAAUCCCGAGAAUAGUUUCCGGACAGCUGAUUUAUUCACUCGGCAUCCCGAUCCUAAGAAGAGAAACUACUACAAAUACCUGUCUCGACUGGAUGACAGAAUUACGCUUGUCAACGGCGAGAAAGUGCUUCCAAUCCCUAUUGAAGGUCGUAUUCGAGAGGAGGCGCUCGUGCGAGAGUGCGUUGUCUUUGGCUUCCAACGAACUGUACCAGGCGCCUUGAUCUUCCGUGCAGCAGACAAGGCGACGGAUUUGAAUGAUGAGGAGUUUUUGGACGCCAUUUGGCCUGCUGUAGAGGCUGCGAAUGCUCGAGCUGAAACCUUCUCUCGCAUUCCAAGGGAGUUGGUUGUGGUGAAGAGCGCUGAUAUACCCUACGCCGCGACAGACAAAGGAACCUUUAUCCGGGCUCAGGUCUAUCAGCAGUUUGCCGACGACAUUGAGACAGCCUAUGCCAACUUUGGUGGAAACGGAAAGAAGGGUGAUCUCGCGCUCAGUGUCCCUGACCUGGAGGAUUGGCUACUGGCUCGAUUCCGUGACGAUCUCGAUGUCCCACUACCAGAUGCUGAAUCCGACAUUUUCUCUGCAGGCGUUGACAGUCUGCAGACUACACAAAUCUGGAGAUACAUUGUGCGCGACCUGGAUCUGGGAGAGAGUGCGGAUGAAUUGAGUCAGAACAUCGUGUUUGAGAAGGGCACAGUCAGUGCACUUGCCAAGCACCUAUACCAGCUGCGCACCGGCCAAGAAUCUGAAGCCGAAGACGAAGUUCAGAUCAUGCAGGAGAUGAUUGAGAAAUACUCUCACUUUACUCAGCAUCACCCAACGAUCGCGCAGAAACCUGAAAAGGAGGUUGUGAUCGUCACUGGUGCUACGGGCAACCUGGGAGCCUUCAUUGUUGCUGAGGUCCUCAAACGACCUAACGUCUCGGAAGUUUGGGCUCUCGCACGUGCUCCUGGGCAAGUCGCAGCAGGUGCCCGUCUCUGGAAGGCACUAGCCGACCGCAAUAUUACUCUCACAGAUGACGAGGCCGCUAAACUUCGGGCUGUCCCCAGUGACCUGUCACAGUCCAAUCUGGGCCUGGAUGGUUAUGUCCUCGACUACCUUCUUUCAUCCUUGACAUGCGUGAUCCACAGCGCCUGGGCUGUCAACUUCAACCUUGGCGUACGAUCCUUCGAGCAACAACACAUUCGCGGAACAUAUAAUCUCAUCAACUUCUGUCUCCGCUCCAAGCUACCUGCCCCUGCACAGUUCUUCUUCUGCUCAAGUGUCAGCACGGCCAGCGGUACCCCAAAGCCCGCCUCCAUUCGCGAGAUCGCAAUCGAGAACUUGAACCACGCACAGAAAAUGGGCUACGGUCGCUCAAAGUUGGUCACCGAGCAUAUCACCCGCAAUGCCAUGCGUCAGACUGGUAUGCAAGCCCGAGUUCUGAGAAUUGGGCAACUCGGCGGCGACACCAUCAGCGCUCAAUGGAAUGAAACUGAGGCCGUGGCGCUUAUGUUCCGCAGUGCAUUGACCACGGGUGCACUUCCUGAACUCUCGGAGAGUCCGACCUGGCUACCUGUUGACCAAUGUGCGCAAGCUGUUGCAGACCUGGCUAUGAAGGGAGCGACGGCAAGUCAGGAGGUGGAUCUGGUGUACCACCUGAUUAACCCCAAGUCCUUCAGUUGGAAGGAUGACUUGCUUCCUGCCUUGAAACAGGGCUCGGCUCUGCCGGAGUUUGAGGUUGUUUCGCCGCAGGAGUGGCUUCGGCGAUUGGCUUCUAGCCAGCAGGAUCCAGAGAAAAACCCGAGUAUCAAGCUGAUUGAUUUCUGGCGUGGCAAAUAUGGAAAGGCUACCGAGGCACAGGUUGAUGACUCUACUCCACCACAGAAAGCGGCGGGUCUUGACUUCGAAACUGAUCGUACCGUUCAAGAUUGUCCGUCAUUGGGUCUUGUUAAGGAUCCCGUUGCUGAGGGCUUGAUACACAGAUAUAUUGAAUCAUGGAUGCAGCGAUGGACCAAGUAG